AUGGCUCGGUACUACUGCGACUACUGUCAUGCUUAUCUGACGCAUGACUCGCUGAGUGUGCGGAAAUCGCAUUUGAUCGGCAAGAAUCAUAUUCGGCUGACCGCAGAUUACUACUAUAAUAAAGCCCAGCAACAGGCAAAGCCAUUUUUGUUUCCAAAGGUUCGUUCGCGCCCUCAGGGGGGUAUCCAGCUUCCAGCACAGCGGCGCACACUGCACUGUGAGACUAAUCGCGUGAAGAGGCAGCGCCGGCUGAUCCAUCAGGUAGCGCCAGCGGCCACGCCGCUGCGGGAACUGUACGCACACUCGCCUGGCUUUCACAAGGUAUUCACUCCGGAAUGCCGUCUAGAUGUUGGGGACACUCUGCGUGUCAGCAAGCUUCCUCAGCGUGCAAACCAAAAGGUCAAGACUGCGGCCCCGGCCGCCGGUCGCAGCGAGGUGUAUGCGCCUCGGUACGCUGCAAACCCAGUAUUGCCGCCACCUUCAGCGCUCACACUUUGGGGAGGGAACAUUUCCAAUAACAGCAAUAUAUACGCAGCAGACGAAACGCUGCUGAGAACUGUGUCCAAGGUCCGCGAGAAGCUGACCUCUUCGCGUACGGAGAAGGUCGGCAGGACCAUGCAGUCCAUACGACGUCACUAG